AUGACCGAACAACCACACGACGUCGAUAACAACUCUGACAAUAAUUCUGACAAUGUGUUUAAAUUUGCGCCAGAUGCCCUUAGACCGACCUCUACCACGCCAAAUGCUCAACAAAUAACACCGUAUCUUCAUUUCGCAUCACAAGACCUCGGGAAAUUGUUCGCACAGCCAUCGGCAAAUGUAGAGACUCCUUCGCUCACCUCUCAAGAACAACCGAGCGAGCAACAUUCACAUUCUCCGCUGUUUCGCAAAAUAGCAAGACCAAUACCUCCGUCACUCAAUACGAAUUUUACUCCCGUGCUAAAUAACAACUCAAACACAGGCUUUGCCAUGAACAACAAUAACAUAAACAAUUUUAUCGGUAUGACGUAUUCUCCAUCUGAUAUUCCAGAAUCCUCUCAUCGCCGAAGAGACAGCAAUGUAUCGGCAAUGUCGAUUCAAAUGUACGACACUCCUGGCCAUCAACGUCGUGAUAGCAACGUAUCUGCGAUAUCCAUGCAACUUGACACUCCCACUUCAUUGAGUGAGAACGAAUCGGGCAACGAAGAAGACAACUCUGGUUUUACCAUGAACGCUAACAGUGGCAAUAUGUAUAAUAUCAGUACCAAUAAAACGUCUUUUGUAUUCCCGUUUCCGUUUAUCCAGAAACCACUCUCACGUCCGGGAACACCCACAACAGCUCCAUCCACUCCUCCAAAGUAUCCACUUGCGUCACAAGUGAUAAGAUCAAAUCUUUCUCUGGCCGGAAUGCCACAGUUGAUUAGAAGAAGCAGCAUGAGCGAUUUGAAUGUUGAGACUUGUUCGUCGGGUGGUGGCAUGUUUUCAGACUCGAGAAGCGAAAAGCCGUCACCUGUUCAGCGGCCCGUAAGAGCCAGAAGAGCUUCGUUAUUGCCGAAGACAAAAUCAUUCACACGUAUCGCAAACGAAUUGCAAGAAGAAGCUCGCCCGAUAGAGGCAGAGAUUAAGGGAGAAUACAAGACCACCAAAGUACUCAAAAACGAACCUGAAAAAGUGCCUGAACUUAAUCAAAGACAUCCCGAGGAAUUGGUCACCAACUGGCUGAAUUUAAGAGACGUACAAUUUUCACCGCCUUACUCAAAAUCGAAUUCCGAGGUUGAAAUGACGUAUCGACAAGACACAACAUCGCCCACGCAGUCUAGUAUUGGUCCAUGGCCGGUCAGUGGGCGAAUAAAGCGAAAAGCUUCGGAUGAAUCACAUUUUAACCCAAAGCGGCGUGCGGUAUCCCCCAGUCACAUAGGCAGUCCAUCGACACUAUCAUCUCCAGUAGCCAAUUCUCCUCCCUCGAUAGCCGGCUCAUCGGGAUCAGCACCGUCCACUCCAUCUCAUAAUAUGUUCAUGAAGGAUUGGUUAUAUAAGAAUUUUCAUAAUCAUAGUAACUGCAAUAGCGAUGGAAACAUGGGUGGCAGCAAUAGUAGCAACGCUAAUGUCAAUGCCGAAACCAGCGUUAAUGCCAGCGCAAGUGCAAACACUGAAGAAGACACUGAAAAUAUGGAACGUGACAAUAAUAAUGUUGACGGCGAUAACAUAGAUACCAAUGAAGACGAUGGUAAUAGGAAAAACAAUGCCGUCAACAUUCAUGAUACGAAUCGCAGGUUCAGCACGAUGAGUUUGAACGAAGAAUAG